AUGACAGUAUAAAGAACCAGACCAAUGACAUGAUAAAGAACCAGACCAAUGACACAUAAAGAACCAGAACGAGCAGACCCAUAUUCGCCGCGCUGUGUAUUCUGGGAACACACAGUAGUUUCAAGAUGGCGGCGAGCAGGAGGCUGGCCAAGGAACUUGAUGAGAUUCGCAAGUCUGGGAUGAAAAACUUCAGAAACAUUCAAGUUGACGAAUCAAACCUAUUGUCAUGGCAAGGGCUCAUCGUUCCUGACAACCCUCCUUAUGACAAAGGUGCAUUCAGGAUCGAAAUCAUUUUCCCCGCCGAGUACCCCUUUAAGCCCCCCAAGAUCACAUUCAAGACAAAAAUCUAUCACCCCAACAUUGAUGAGAAAGGCCAGGUGUGCUUGCCUGUGAUCAGCCCGGAGAACUGGAAGCCUGCCACCAGAACUGACCAAGUAAUUCAGUCCCUCAUUGCGCUGGUGAACGACCCCCAGCCGGAGCACCCCCUGAGGGCAGACCUAGCAGAAGAAUACUCAAAAGACCGUAAAAAAUUCUUGAAGAACGCUGAAGAGUUUACAAAGAAACAUGGCGAAAAGCGGCCAAUGGACUGAUCACCUGACGAGCGUGUAGCCCUCUCUCUGUCUCUUUUCUCCCCCCUGUCCUCCUGUCUCACCUGCCCGAUCACACCAACACCAACCUUCCUCUCGCCUCCCUGCUCUCCACCCCACACCUCACUACCUCCCUUGCUCACUCUCCUCUCCCUCCUCCUUCUUCCUCCUUCCUUCUUUCUUUCUUCCCCACACCAAUCCUCUCUGCAGCCCAGGAGCCGCCCAGCUGAAGCCAGGCUGAAGGCUGAAGCCGCCUCAGCCUCCCUCGCCAUCCAGGACUCUCUGUGGAUCAGACAGCUUCCUCCCCCUCCUCUUCCUCCUCCUCCUCCUCGGCCAUAAAUCUCCAGACCAUUUCUAACUUUCUACUCUUUUCUUAAUGUGAAAAAUGGAAAAAAGAAAUGCAACGGGAACAUGAAGUUGAGAUGUAAGAUUAGAUGGAAAUACUCAGAGUAAUAUGUUCAUUUUCUGUUUCCUUGAUAUAAACAACUCUUGUGUUAAAUAGAUCUCUUAGACAUGGUUUUACUGAAGUCUUUUAUUUCUGGCAGAGCAGGACAACUGUUUUAUUACUCUUUCUUUGGCCCCAUCAUCCGUUCAAACAAAUGUGACUGAAAUGAAUGAUGAGAAGCUGUAGGUAGGAGCUGGAGGUGUGUGCUGACUGAAACGUUUCCCUUUCUCACCUCUGCUGCUUCUAGACUUGCACUGUACUCUGUGGGACAAUCCCCUCUCACGCCUCCUUCCCCACAGUGUGUAACCUGCUGAACAAACCACGGCAGGCCAGCCACAAAUUGAAUAGUUAUUGCUUAAAAUGCUACAUAUGCUUCUCAAGUGUUGUCAAUAAAAAACCAAUUGGUCUCCAAACACUCCAAACAUGUAGUUAUCAUCAGCAGGCCCUUAGACAUGAAUUAAACUGCACUCUCUCUCCCCCCACAUUUCCUCAGUUGUGCUUUGUUGGGUUUUUGUCACACACUCAGACCGUGCAGCGUCUUUUCUUUAUUCAUGAUCAUUUAAUUUCUUUGCUUUAAAUAGUUUUCGAUUGGCACGUGAUAUAGAAAACUUUCUAACGUGGGAAGAACUUGUUUGGUUAAUUAGAAUCUUCCACGCAAGUCUCCUCUCCCACCAUUGGGCACCCCCCAGUAUAACCACCUAUCACACGACAAACGGAGCCCUUCACAGCACUGAGACAUAUUCCAGCAGCAGAUUGGCCGUCAGCUGCCCAGCUGAAAAGGGACCUAACCCAUCAGGAGGGAGGAAAGGAGAAGCUGGAGGAGGAUGCACUCCGCUGGAAUGAAGCUCAGCUCCUGGAGGCGGUCCUAGAAACAAGCACCUUGACGUCAGCUGGGAGAGGGCUGGCUGUCCGGGGAUGUGUCAGGACAUGGAAAGGGACUGCAGUGGCCAAAUAAACCACCAUGUAACAACUGUUUGAUCUGGUCCCAAUAUUGUUUCAUAAUAAAGAUGGCUAACCAUUUGGCCUCACUGUC